CUCAUCUUCCAAAAGAGAUUCCAACCCUUUAGGGCAAAAGAAUGCACCCACACCAUUCUCAAGGAAGAAUUGGCAACUACUCAGUAUGAAGUGAAAUAUCUGCUUUCACAAAGGUUUUAGCAGAGAACAUCAAAAAUGAAUGAAAAAAUGGUAUUCAACUGAUACUAAAUGGUGGUACAAGUAGUGAUUGGAGAACAAAAUAUAGCUGCUUGACAUUUCUGAGAUGCAGAUAGAGACAACUACAUUCCUGAUGUUUUUAUGAAUGUGUUCUGUGUCAUAGCUGCAUUUGGCUGUUUCAACUAUUGA